CAUUAUGUUCUAAAGAAAUCAUCACUCAGCCCAACAAAAAGUGUUUUGUUUUUGUUUUUCUUUCUGAAAGCAACGUUAAAAGAGCCCUUGCUCUGCAAUACUGAUAUAGCAAUUGAGUUGAGACGCACACAAACACUCUCGCAUUUUGUUAAUAAAGCCUGCAAACGAUCUUCUCUUCUGCAAAAUCUCCACUCUUUCAUGGCACAUGGCCUUUGAAUCACUGGUCUUGAUGUAAUCAUUGUAGCCAUCCCUCCCUUUAACUUCAUCUUCUUUUUGAACCCAAUUCCGCUCUCUCUAAAAAACACCCAAUUCUCUGCAGCCAUGGCCCUUCGCCAUUAUUAGAAGUUCUAGCACGAGAGAGAAAAAACAGAGUGGGUUGCUUCUUGUUACUUGGGUUUGGUUUUAAUGGGCAGUGACCAAAAAUGGGAGGCGAUAGCGCCGGCGCUGCCGGCUGUGUCACCGUUGAACCCAGAAAGAGAUGAGUAUUGGAGCCGUUUUGAUGAUUCGGUUAAUGCCGUGUCAUUUGGGUUUGUGGCUACUGCCAUUCUCAUCUCUAUGUUCCUUGUUAUGGCCAUUUUUGAGAGGUUUCUCAGACCUAGAUCGCCGGCGGCUAUUGGCCGGCCGCCUUCUGAUCUUGAAGCCCAGAUGAUGCUCGAUGGAAAGCCUCGUUACCCAUCUCCCAAGAUGACAGUUUAUGCCCGGGGAGUAUCAGUACUGAUGCCUGGUGAAGAAAUCCCUACCUACAUAGCUCACCCGGCUCCUGCACCAUGUCCUCCAGAACCCAUUUUAAAGCCUUUGCAUCAACAUAACUUGAGCCUUUGUCAAUCAACAAGCGUUACAUCAAGCUCCAACAUCAGUUGACCUGAAAAAUAACAUCACUACAGAACAAGGGUUGUCCCACACUUGAAAUUUCAGCUUACAACUUGACAUUCUAAAGUUGAAAACAUGGUGGAAGUCACAUCAACUUCAGUCUCUAACUUGGAGCCGUGUAGGUUAUAUUUGAAGAUGUGGAUUGGGGGUUUCUCCUGCCCCCACCAAAUUAAAGAGAGGAUGGAAAUGAAUGAUUGUUGUAAGCUGAUUAUUACUCUGAUUGUUUGUUCAUAAUGAAUCCCAUGCCUCUUUCACUCA